AAGGUAGCCGCGUAUCUAUAAGAGAACAUCCAUAUAUUGUCAGCAUACGCAGGAAGUACGCCCACUAUUUGACUGGCGCACUGCUUAUGAAAAACCUCGUCAUAUCCGUGGCACAUCCCUUGCAUCUAGUACCAGUGAAUGAAUUGGGAGUGGUACCCGGCCAGAAUUAUGCCGACCGUGGUACCAACAUAAUGACAGUAGUGCUUGUAAUCAUCCAUGAGAACUUCAAUCAAUUUUCCCUGGCUGCCGAUAUUUCACUACUCAGAUUAUACGAGGACAUCCCAUUCAAAGCAGCUAUGAAACCUAUUACGUUGGUGUCACCUGUAGAAAAACUGGAUGGAUAUAAAGCGUUUGUAACCGGGUGGGGUCGAUGUGAUCGAACGGGAAGGGAGUUGUGUUUGCCUCGUUCGAGCAUAUAUACGCCUGAUGAGAAAUUGGACCCGAUGCUGAGGACGGUAACAUUCAUGGUGACGACAGCCAACUUGCACUGUGACGCUUACAAACGUCACGAAACAUAUGUUGGACAUGGUAUGCUCUGUCUUGGUCCAUCUCGACACACGGAUUCCAUGUGCCCUUGCUUGGCUGUGCCUGGCGCGCCUCUCGUUGUGAACUCUUACUUGGCAGGCCUACUAUCCUGGGGCUUCGGUUGCGGUUACAAAAACGAUCUACCUCUCAUUUAUACCGAUAUACAGAGUUAUUUACCGUGGUUAUUGUCAAACAUUUCGAUUUUGCAAAAAAUAACAAGAUCAGACUUAACGCCAUUUUUCGAAACAACAAAAGGAUAUGUGUUCGUGCAGUGGUUGAAACGAGCUAGAAACCUAAUAUCAUUAAAAUUAGAGCCUGGACAUAAAGAAUUACAAGCACUAAAAAUCGAUAAGUCGCUUGCAAAUUUAAAAGGGACUAUUUACGAUAUCAGAGACUUUAUAAACAAUGGUAUAUUUCACCAAGCCAAGCAAGAAAUAUAUAAAUUGAUAAAGGCCACUUCUGAUAGAAUGAGGAAAUUCGAGACACUGGAAUUUACUAAGAACGUGGCGGAACCAUUUAUUAGUAACGAAACACUCAACAAAAUUGGACUGUAUUUGAAUAACGAAACACUGGCUGAUUUGUAUGACAGCAAACCAAUUAGCGAAUCAAAUAAUUUAUAAUGGACAAUAAAUACUGAAAAUUACAAUAAGAGUAUUAUAUAAUUAUAACUUAUUAAUAUUAUAAACGGAAAAAAUUGUGAGUAUGGAUGUAUGUUUGUUACUCUGUCACGCAAAAACUACAGAAUGGAUUUUGAUGAAACUUUACAGGAUAUAGCUUAUACAUCAGAAUAAAAUAUAAGGCUAUAAAUUUCAGGCAGCAGUAAGUAAAUUUUUUGAUUAAUGUCUAUUAUUUAGAAGUCGUGUAUUAUC